AACGCGCGGCACCGCCAUGGCCUCCAACGAUUACAGCCAGACCGCCACACAAAGUUACGGCGCCUACCCCGCCCCCCCCAGCCAGAGCUACUCUCAGGGAGGGGGGCAGGGCUACUCCCAGCAGAGCUACGGGGGCUACGGGCAGAGCUCGGACUCUGCCUACGGCCAGGGGGGCUACAGCUCCUCCUACGGGCAGGGCCAGAGCGGUUACUCGGCCCCUGCAGCUCCUCCCUCCUACGGCUCCGGCGGCUUCGGCUCCAGCCAGAGCUCCCAGGGCAGCUACGGCCAAACCUCCUCCUACCCGGGCUAUUCACAGCCCCCCGCGGCUGCCUCGGCCUCUGGAAGCCCGUAUUCCCGGAUUUUUUUAGGCAGGGCUUCCAAAAUUCCUGAUUAUCUUCUAAUUUAUCUCCUCAGCGGUGGUGAGCGUGGUGGCUUCAAUAAAUUCGGUGGACCCCGGGACCAGGGGCCCAGGCACGACCCAGGUGAGCAGGACAACUCGGACAACAACACGAUCUUCGUGCAGGGGCUGGGCGAGAACGUCACCAUCGAGUCCGUGGCCGAUUACUUCAAACAGAUCGGAAUCAUCAAGACCAAUAAGAAGACCGGCCAGCCCAUGAUCAAUCUCUACACCGACCGUGAGACCGGCAAGCUCAAGGGCGAGGCCACCGUGUCCUUCGACGACCCCCCCUCGGCCAAGGCCGCCAUCGACUGGUUUGAUGGGAAGGAAUUUUCUGGCAAUCCCAUCAAGGUUUCCUUCGCCACUCGCCGUGCGGAUUUCACCCGGGGCGGGGGCGGCCGUGGCCGGGGCCGGGGAGGCCCCCUGGGCAGGGGCGGGUUCGGCUCCGGGGGCUCCGGGGGCCGCGGGGGCUUCACCGGAGGGGGAGGGGCCCAGCAGAGAGCGGGGGACUGGAAAUGCCCCAACCCGUGA